UGCGGGCCUAGGGGUGACAGUUCGUACCUUGUCUCGUAGUUGCAAACAAAACACGAUGGCGUCCGUCGGUCCGGUUGAGUUUCGCGAGAUAAAACUGCAAAAUGUGUCGAAAAUUGAAGCGCUCAUCAACGAUUCCGCGUACAAGGAGGGCAUCGAGAACAGUGAAACGUUUAAUACGCGGCUGUGCAUUGAACGGCGCCAGCGGAUGCCGUUUUUGGACCCGCAAACCGGAGUCGCCCAGUAUCACUCGGCUUUGUUUAUGAAGGCGAGGCAGCGGAUGCCGGGGCUGAAGGUUGGUCAGAUUUACAGCUAUCCGGCGGCCCGUUGGCGCAAGUCCCGGCGGCAGUAUCUGCUCCAGAAGCAGCACCCGGCCUUUCCGGCGUACACGAACCGACCGUUUGGGCAUUUAACGAGCAGCUAUGAUGCUGAGGGAUCGAAUUUGGAUUCUGCCACUUCCAGUGUUGACGCCGAGGGUGGGAAAGACAUGAAGGAAGAUCCGGGCCAGGAUUGGUACUACGACGAGAUGGACAUGCAUGAAAUGGAGACGUACGACGAUCACGAGUUGCCGGACUCGGAUUGUGACUUUGACGAGAGUUACAGCAGCCGGAAGAAACGUAGCAAGGGUGGUAAGGGUGGGUCGAGUUCAAGCAAGGGCAAAGCUAGCGUAGCCGAACCGAAUACACCCAAACGUGGGCGCGGUUCUGGCAGAGGCCGCGGCCGGAAAUCUCAAGGUGUUGGCGACAGUCCCAGCACCAAGGAAGCGCCGGAGGCAAGUUCAAGCAAGAAAGUUCGUCAACAACCACCGCCGCCACCUCCUCCACAGCACGUUCCAGCUCCACCAGCAGCAAUCCCAUCGUCUCCGUUGACCGUUCCGCCAGAAGAGCCUCCGAUGCCGGUGCUGGUCCCGGAGCACAAGCCCUUCGAAGAACCCGAGGAGAGACCGAACCCGGUCAAGCCCGGACCAUCGGCUUCCGCUCACAUGCAUGCUCCUUCCGCUGCCGGAUCCGCUUCCAACGCUACUGCUCCCGCUACCGCAGGUCCUCCUCCGGAAAAGGGACGCGCCGUCCCGUCUCCGUACUGUGACUUUUGCCUGGGAGACGCUCGCGAAAACAAGAAAACAUUCGAAGCCGAAGAGCUGGUCUCCUGCUCGGACUGUGGCCGCUCGGGACACCCGACCUGUCUUCAGUUCACGGCCAACAUGAUCAUCUCGGUGCGCAAGUACCGCUGGCAGUGCAUCGAGUGCAAGUACUGCACCAUGUGCGGAACCUCGGACAACGACGACCAGCUGCUGUUCUGCGACGACUGUGACCGCGGCUAUCACAUGUACUGUCUGUCGCCGCCGCUCAUUUCUCCGCCGGAAGGUUCCUGGAGCUGCGCUCUGUGCACGGCCGAGUUCCACCGGAAGUAAUUCCGCAUGCAAUACCCAACAUAAGAAUCUCCCAAUUCGCUUGACAGCUAGCCAGAUAGUAGUGGUCGUUUCCGCGCGCUGCUCCCCAAUGAGUAAGAUAUGAUAUGACACAACACUUAACGCAUGACUUUUUAAAAAUCUGAUUGAUACUGUGUGUGAUGCUGUACUGUAUUUCAAUGUAACAUUUAUUGAUCUCGUGACAAUGUAUUACACGCAAAAAAACACUAAAUAUAUAUAUUAAACAAGAAAUAAAUACUAAUGUAAAAAUCCAGUGGCAAAUGUAAAUAAAAGGCCCACCCUAAAGGGCACGCACUACUCGAAACUUGUUUGCCGGAAUUAGAAAA